CUUCACUAAGAGCACACAAUGGAGCAGCAGAUUUCCAGCAUUCCCGGCUACGAUACGGACAAGGAGCUCCAGCAGUUUGUCGAGAUUGAGCAGCAAAAAGCUCGCUUCCACGCACAAGUUCACAAAUUUACGGAAAUGUGCUGGGACAAGUGCAUCGACAAGCCAGGCAACCGCCUCGAGGCCAAGGAGGAGGCUUGCUUGACCCAGUGUGUGGAGCGCUUUUUGGACUCGACCCACUUCAUUGUCAACCGUCUCGACGAGAUCCGAAAGCAGCAGUAACAAAACAAAAAAGUCACCUCACGCGCGCAGUUGUAUCAUCCAGCUAGUGGUGUAUGUUGUUGUUGUUGUGGAAUUGUCGUAUGUUUUGUUUCAUCAAUGAAUCUCCAUAAAAAAAAAAACCAAGAA